ACUGCACCGCGAGCAAGUCACUAGUGGAUUCUAGGUUCGAUCACGAUAGGUGUAGUCGAGUGUAAUAUAUAUAUAUAUAUAUAUAUAUAUCUAUACCUCUAAACGCAUCCACACAAUUCCUGAUAAUAUUUCAAGUAAGACAAUUUCACCAGAGACAAUUACCACAGAAACCAGUGUUGUGUAGUGGACACAUGAAAAACGCCGAAAGUGACUGUAAAUAAUCAUCAUGAUAGAAGUGUGGUCAGUGAUUCUGGCGCUGGUCGCCGUAGGCCUAGCGGCCUAUUACUACUUCAAAGGGGCAUACAAUUACUUCGAGGUGCGAGGAAUUCCACAUUACAAAGGACUCCCAGUACUUGGAAGUAUGUGGAAAGCAGUAUUUCAACGAGUCACCUUCGCCGAAGCGGUUUUGGAACUGUAUAAUGUCAGAAAAGACGCGAAAUACGUUGGUUUCUACGAUUUCUUCACCCCUGUGAUCAUAAUACGGGACAUCGAGCUGCUUAAAACCAUCACCGUGAAGAACUUUGAUCACUUCCAGGACCAUCGGUCCUUCCAAUCGGACGCAACGGACACUCUGUUCAGUAAGAAUCUAUUCGGCCUACGCGGCGAAAGAUGGAAAGAGGUGAGAACCUUGCUCAGCCCAGCGUUCACAUCCAGCAAGAUGAAGGCUAUGUACAAACUGAUGCGCGAGUGCGCGGAACGUUACGGGAACUUUUUGGCGACGAUACCUGAAGGACAGAGGUGUCUCGAGUUGAAGGAUGCUUUCACCAGAUAUACGAACGACGUGAUUGCCACCUGCGCCUUCGGUGUUAACGUGGACUCGAUGGCUGAUCGAAAUAAUAAGUUCUACGAAUACGGCAGAGUCGCUACUAGCUUUGGUAGAUGGCAGUCUGUCAAGUUCUUUAUAGUGCGCAGCAUGCCGUAUCUCGCCAAUUUGCUCGGCAUAAAACUCGUCGACCCUGUGAUCGCCGAAUUCUUCAAGGACUUAGUAUCGUCUACCAUUAAGGCCAGGGACGAAAACGGAAUCGUUCGUCCGGAUAUGAUCCAGCUGAUGAUGGAGACCAGAGGCAAACUGGGCCCAGGGAAGGAGCUGACGAUAGAUGACAUGACCGCCCAAGCGUUCGUUUUCUUUUUCGGCGGGUUCGAGAGCACCUCGACACUGAUGUGCUUCGCUGCUUACGAGGUGGGUGUGAAUCCGGAUAUCCAGACGCGACUGCAGGAAGAGAUCGACGAGGUUUUGGAGAACGGUAACGGCAAGGUGUCGUACGAAGCGAUCAACGAUAUGAAGUAUUUGGAUGCUGUCGUAAACGAGGCUCUUAGGAUGUACCCGGUGAUCGUGGCUGUGGACAGAGUCUGCACGAAACCCUUCGAGCUGCCACCAGCUUUGCCUGAGGGGAAACCACAUCAUGUGAAGGAGGAUGAGUUCCUUUGGAUACCGAUAUAUGGGAUUCAGUACGACCCUCAACAUUUCGAGGAGCCGGAUAAGUUCAAUCCAGAUCGGUUCUUCGAUGAUCCGAAGAGGAUUAUGAAUUCCGGUACGUUUUUGAGCUUCGGUAUGGGCCCGAGGAUGUGCAUCGGCAACAGGUUCGCCCUUAUGGAGGCCAAGGUGUUACUGUUCCAUGUGUUUGCUCGGUGUAAUCUAAAGCCUAACUCGAAAACCACCAUUCCGAUGGAGUUGAGCAAGAAAGGGUUCCAAAUGACGGCUAAGGAUGGAUUCUGGUUUGACGUCGAGCCUAGAAAAACAGUGUGUCCCGUCCUCGUCGGUUCCGUGUGCAAUGGUACUGGUACAUAAUGGAGGACCUUUGUUACAUGGGAUUUGUGGACAAUGUUUUAUAUUUCUUUAAUAUAUGACUCUGUGAUUGCGUGCUGAUUUGAACGGUACUGUCCAAGGCCAACAGCUUCCAUUAGUUAUAAUUAACAAUUAUGCGAUUACUCCAGAACAACAUAUAUUAUUUGCGUUGAAGGACGAACGGAAAUAGCAUUAUAGGACUGUGAUAGACGGAUGCAUAUGCAGUACUUUUCCGUGUGAACUGUACGGACACGUGACAUACUAAUGUAGGUCAUGCUUUGCAAGGGCAGAUUACGUCCUUCGUGUUAUUCAAUAUUAGUUACAAGUUUUAUUCAUUAAAUAUUGUUAAAAUAGUUCUUUUUGUUACCUUCAUUUGU